AUGCUGUUGCUUCAGCUCAUUCCCAUGACUCCCAUGCUCUCCUCAGGCUACACCCGCGCCGAUGGCAUUACCUUCGAUGGCAUUCCCAGCCAGGAGGGCUUCUGGAUUGUGGACAGCUACAAUGCCCCUGCCAGCGACCCAUACAGAACGACUGAGGUCAACAUCGACACUCGUUAUGGGGGAGGGAUCGGUACCUCCGGCUUCAACGGGGGCGAGACCCCGAUCUCAGAUGGGUACUCGGCUGCGAGCAUCGGAGUGCCACUCUUCUCAUACGGUUCUAUAUAUCUAUAUGCCUCAAACGCUCUCGUGGUGUAUGCUCUUUCACGUGACCUCACUCCCUUCUCUAACUGA